AUGUCGACCGAACAUCAGAACCCAGACAGUGUUGCUCAGCAAAGGAGCCAGCAAAAUCUCCAUCAUAUCUCGGCUAAUAACGGAUCGUAUCUCUUCGCAGGCAAUGUCAGUCACGUCAGCCUUCCACAUUCUGAAAAGACUGCUCUCAGCUUUGAGGAUAUAAUUAAGAAGUGUCGGGAUGCUCUGUUUGUGAGCCAUCCUGACGUCGACAGAGCCAGCAUCGCCGAGGCGAAGGGCCAGAGAGCACCCGGAACCUGCGAGUGGAUCCUAGAGAACUCUCAGUUUCAAACAUGGCUUGACAAGAAGACUCCCCUGUUCUGGAUAUCGGGCGGCCCUGGUACAGGCAAAACGGUCAUGUCACUUUUUCUCUCGGAGCAAGUCGAAAAAGCCUGUCAAAGCACGGGUGAUAAGCUUUUAUUUUAUUUCUGCCGAUUUCAGCAUGAGUAUUACAACAAGCCCGGCAACCUUCUGCGAAGCCUCGCUUAUCAGUUGCUUAGCUUUAGCACUGAUACAUCCGCGGUUUUAGAGGUCUUCAGUUACUUGGACACCGAAGAGAAAGCAAAGAAUGCGCUGUCUAGCCUGGAGUGUCUGUGGAAGAUCUUGGAGAUCCUCUUAUCGCAGUCUAAUCUUUCUACCGUGUACUGCAUCAUCGACGGAAUCGACGAGUGUGGGCUUUCUGAUGUCUUGAUCAGCAAGUUUCGCGACUACAGUACCUCACCCACUGGGCGCAACGGACCUCUCAGGGUGGCACUCAUAGGACGAGAUGCCGACAUACUUGGCAUACCUACUCACACGCAGGGCUCCGAGCUUUCUCUAGCAUCCGUGCCAGAGACUACGUCGGUACAAGCAGAUGCAAUUGAUGUAUUCUAUGGUAUCAAGCUCGAUCCAGAUCAUCACGAACGUAUCAAUGAUGAUAUUGCGACUUUUAUCAGGUGGAGUCUACAGCCUCUGCAGAGGAUAAAAGGUUUUGAUACCAUCCGUCCUCAAAUCGAACGAAAUUUACUCGACAGAGCAGAAGGUACUUUCUUAUGGGUUGCUUUCGUCGUCCAUGAGCUUUCUAAAAAGAGGACCUGCCUUCAAAUUGCAGAAACGGUUAAGGAUAUACCGGUAGGCCUGUAUCCGAUAUUCGGAAGAAUGCUGCACCAGAUCGACCCAAAACACCGACAUGUCAGUGCAACCAUCUUGAAGUGGAUUGCAAUUACGAUGCGACCUCUGACCCUUGAAGAGCUGGCUUCCGCUAUUGAAACUGGUAUCGAGCACAUGGAAGAUAGAAUCGCCAUCUGUCAGCCACUCCUGAGGCUUAGCAAUAACCGAGUCUUAUUUGUUCACCAAUCGGCUAAGGAGUACCUCCUGAGAAGCCAACCGGACCAGGAUACGAUCGCCGAGGGCUUUCGUAUAGAAGCGAAAGGUUGCCACGGAGAGAUUGCCCACAGGUGCUUGCAGAUCAUCGAAAAUAGCUUUUUCCGACACAAACGCAUCGACCAUGAGACCUUCGAAAGAAUGAAAAGAGGCCAUGAGGAGCCAAAGAUCUCAGGAGUUAGUAUGUAUCAAGGAAAUACUUUAAUUACUGGCGAGCUGUUCAGCUACGCCGAACGUUACUGGUUUAGCCAUGCCAGACAGUCACCAAAGGAUGCCAGUUAUCUAUUCACCACUAGCAGGCCGUUUUUUAAGAGAUUCUCUGUUGUCCGGAAGAACUGGGAAGCUUACAGAGCCGAAUCCUCGUGGAUACACCGUAUGGCGACUUAUCUCGGUAUGGUACCGUGGCUUUGGGCACUCCGAGGAGAAAAAGUCUUUCUACCUAUCAUUGGAACCAUACAGUUAGUGAAAUCGGACAGUGCCCUAUAUAAACCUGAGACCUAUUGGACGUAUGCAGUCAACGAUGGUCACGAAGAGGUAGUCCGAUUUCUCCAUAACAAUUGUGUUGAAUUCGAAGGUGAUUUCCUCGUCUGCUGGGAGGUAUUGUGGCUUGGUGACGACAAGUUGGUGCAGGCCCUUCUUGAACAUGAUCUCAAGAUAACAGAGGGUUCGUCCAAUAGGAAUGCUCUCAUUUCUGCAACAACCAAAGGCUUCAUAGCUGUGGUGCAGCUAUUUCUCGACUGUGGCGCGAAUGUGACCAUCCGAAAUGACAACAAUGAAACACUCCUGAUUCUAGCCGCGAGGUUUGGUCAUAAGGACUUGGUUAAUAUUCUCCUAGACCACGGUGUGCAGUUGAAUAUUGCAGAUUUCCGGUUGUGGCUAAACCAGGCGACCUUGGCUCCAGUGUUCGAAUGGUGUACGGAGAUUGUGCAGGCAUUUCUCCAGCGCCUCACUGACAUAUGUUGGGCCGGUGAAGAUGGGAGGAGGCUCUUGAACCUGGCUGCAAAAUGGGCUGAUCAUGAGAUAGUUCAAUUAUGCUUGGUGGAAGGCGUUGAUGUGGAUUGGGAAGAUCCAUAUGGCAAUACAGCAUUGAUCGAGGCCAUAUUAGGGUACCGUGGGCAAACUCCGGCGAAAGAAGGCUGGCCACUAAAUGGAAAUCCCGUCAAUGUCCAUGACCCCAUAAUAAUAGCAGAGAGACGAGCAUUAGUCGUGGCCUUACUGGACCAUGGUGCUGAUCCAAACAUCGGCGGAGACUUCUACAGCGACUUACGAGUACCGCCGCUCCUUUGUGCAGCUAGGCAAGGCCUCGACUGGGCAGUCGAGGAACUGCUAUUCCGAGGCGUUGACUGCAAUACGAGGGUCGAGUUUAUUUACAGGCGUGGAGCGAUAAGGCGUCUUCUUUCUUCUGCGUUUCGAGGCACUCCGAUGGACCAAGGUUCCAAGCAUAUGACAGAAGGUGGGUCGGCUUUAAUCUUUGCAGUUCAAGGGGGCCAUCUAUCGACAUCACGGCUUCUGAUUGCUCAUGGCGCCGACACAAGCCUUGCCGACGAGUGUGGAAAUACAGCUUUGGAUUGGGCUUCUGAGAAUGAUUUUCUGGAAAUUGAGCAGCUGUUGGUGGAGCACGAUGAAGCAUUGGGUGGCUCCUCACAGCGAAAAGGAAAUUAA